AUGAGAUCCAUUGUUCGACCAUUAAUUGAUUUGACGAACGCGUGGUGUCCUCUCGAGUUUUGUUAUUAUCUAAAAGCUGAUAUUUACGCAACAAUUUGUUUAGAAAACUCCCACUCAAGAGCGACCGGACUGACAAAUAUACAAUGCAGCCAAAAAGACGAGUCAAAUGAGGCCGCUAUCAUGGAAAAAGCCGUGAGGUUCGAGAAUAAGGAGGACUCUGAAGACGACGAAACUGCUGUCAAACAGAGCCGCUCAAAGCAUCAAAGCAGCCACACAAGUACACGCACAGAGGGUAACAGAAAACAUGAAAGAGACAAUUCUGGUGAUAGCAUAGAAUCUUUGGCAAAAUGGAGAACUGUCUCAAAACAAAUUAGAAAUGUUGUCUUGGUAAAGAACUCUGUGAAGCCUUCUCGCUCUCGAAAGCGUUCGGCGACUGUGAAGUCGCCAGCCACCAUGGACCCAUUCCUUCAGAAAUUUAGCACACGAGAUAAUCGAAAGAUAACUCCACCAAACAGAAAAAGAACGCGGAUUUCCAAGAAAAGCUCUUCUUCGCCUGGCGCUUUGUCAAACGCAACCUCUGCACAAGAACCUCGACGACCACGGCUUUCUAUAGAAAUCGAAAAAGAGCUUGAUAGCGAGUUAGCUAGUGGUUCUGUUUACGAAUAUGACCAAGCAGUUCAUUGGAAAGACAAGAAUUUUAUUUUUGACCCAGAUGGGCUACACAUUUGCGUCUGGUUUUAUGUUCUUGUGUUUGCAAUUCGGUACAAUUUAUGGGCUUUGAUCACCAGGAUCGCUUUUCCUGCCGCUCAGAGCGGUUUUUUAAAGAUAGUGUGGUAUCUCUUUGAUUAUUUUUGCGAUGCAGUUUACGUUUUGGACGUCGUUAUUGCUGCAAGAACAGGUUUCCUAGAGGAGGGCAUUCUAGUCAUAGAUGCAAAACGAGUGUAUAUGCGGUACAUUCGCUCUGUGGAGUUCAUUGCCGAUGUGGUGUCGUUUAUUCCAACUGAUAUUUUAUAUGCAACAUUAGGACCUCUUCCGCUUCUAAGAAUCAACCGCAUUGUCAAAGGAUAUAAGAGUUUUCGUAUCAAAGCUGUUAUGGAGUCACAAGCAAAUUAUCCUACUUUCUUACGCGUGUUCUUUCUCAUGCAUCUCAUGUUCCUUCUUAUUCAUUGGAACGCUGCGUUCUAUUUCAUGAUUUCCAGAGCGGAGGGAUUUGGGACGAAUGAGUGGGUUUAUCAAGGCAAUGGUUCCUUGUAUCAGCAAUAUCUACAAUCAUUUUACUGGUCUACAUUAACUCUAACUGCGAUAGGAGAUUUGCCGCAGCCGACUACAAAUCUCGAGUAAGUGAUUUGUGUUUCUAUUUCAGGUAAUUUUAAACUGUGUAACUCAUAUAGUUCUAUUUAAAUGCAGAGAUUAUAGCAAGUCUUGUCGUCUGACUCUUUGUUUGUUUGUUUUUCUCCGGUGAGAACCAGGUGCUCCACUGUAUAAUAAGUAUGUAAAAUAAAUUUUACAGCUCAACCUUAAAUGUGUUGGACAUUUUCCGAAAAAAAGGAGGUAUUUUAAAGAAGUUGUGGCGGGCGAAUGACAAAAACAAAAAGCGUUUUCGUUUAACAGUUUUUUUCAAUACCUUUCUCUCUUGUAAGAAUUUAAAAUUCUGUACAAGAUUUUGCAUAAUUUUAAAAAUUCUUGAUUAACAUUAAUGCUCCAAAAUAGAUUGACUAAAGACCCGUAGGGAUUUGUACACAUGUUGCGGUCAGCUUUUAAGACUUAGGUUUGAGUUCAGUUGAAGAUGUACAUUAGACUCGUGCGCUAUAGCGCCCACGCUACCAAUCAAAACGCGACGACGUCCAAGCUUUUAUUUCUUUUGCUGCCCUGCACCAAAGAGAAAUAGCAGGUGUCUGAAAAAAAAAUAAGAAAGUAUUAGGGUGAUAUUUUAAGACAGCGUAGGAAUAGGUAUACAAGGGCGACAAAAUUGAAAGUUUUAUGAAUGCAAGUUUUACGUAAGUCAAUAGAACUUGUGUGAGCCUCUUCAUCGCAACUUGAGUCAAUCUCAUUAUCAACCCUAACUUAGAAAACCUCCGUAUGUAAGUUCUCUUCUUUUGAUUUUUUUUUUUUUAUUGCACGAAAGCGCAUAAAUAAAUUCGUAUAUCUAUCCAAGUUCUUUUGCAUUAGAUGAAGCCCUGCUGAGCUUUUUCCUUGCUGCGUUAACUCUUACGAGAAAAUGUUUUCGCCCCGUGUUAGUUUCCACCUGCUUCUCGUUUGCACUAAAAAACGCGCGUCCUGUUUGAGCUCAGCCUGGAACAACACUUCCUCAAGUGCAAGUUAGCAAUAAUCAUUCUCGCUUUCAAACGUGGAGCAAAAUUGUCACCAAGGACAAGAAAAAUAAUUUAUCAAAAGGAAUAAAUCGAGUUUACCCUCCGUAGCUUAACAAAGGUUUAUUUUACUCUAAUGAUUGUUCAGGGUUAAUUUGCAAACAUAAAUAUUGAUCUCGUUUUCUUCCUUCAGCGUCAGUCAUGGACAUUAUGAGGCCCUUUGACAAUACGCAGCAAUGCCUUUUUUACCUUUCACUUUUUCAACUGGCAAAUGAAUUAAAAUCUUCAAUACGUUUGCAACAUUAAUAGAAAAAAUAUGUUUGGUUCUCGGGAUUUCCUCACCUACGCGCAGAAGUAACUUUUAAAUUAAGAAUCACGAUUAUUCUUUCAACAUGAAAACAAGGUGUGACGUUUGUAUACUGCCGAAAGAGAUGCACAUCAACUCAGGCAUCGAAUCUUGUUGACUUUCAUCAAAUUUUGAAUUAACAGGGCCAAAAAAGACACGAAUUUUAGUCCCCAUUUCUGUUUCUAUAAACUUAUCCAAUGUUUGUUUAAGGAUUUUCGGUUUGCAGGCAGAUUGUUUGGAACCCGGCAGUCAAUUUCCUUUCGCCGUUUUGAAAAAAGAAAAAAAGCACUUUUUAGGCUUCCUUUUAAUUUAUAACAAUGGUAUUUAAUAUACAUUACGAGCAGGUGUCACAAAGUAGUCGUAACAAAUUUCAAUUUACAUGGCCUGUAUCCAUGGCCAACAAACGAGAGUGAACGACAAGAGAGAGAGGCUGCUGGAGAAAUGUUAGCUUUUGGUCGCCAGAAGACCCAACGAAAGACAGUUUAACAAGACGUGAAACUUUUUGUAGGGCAUUAGAUUGUUUGAGAGCAACUCGUUGCUUUUAAAAGCGGGUAUUUAAUUCUAAAUCAAUAAUUAAAACUUAGUGGUUCUCUACACUCGUUUUGUUUAUCUUUUUUCAAGCGAUGCCACCCAGAACUGAACAAAAUGACAUGAAGUGAUGUUUUUGUCAAUGCCUCAAACUUGUCAACGCAGUUGAAUUUGAAAAUCAUUUUACGAGCGAUAAGCCAGCUUUUAAUAAUGAAGAUGACAGCGAUCUUUUCUAAAGCUGGCUUUUGAGGAAAAAUGUUAGUGAAAGCUGGAGAAGUUUGUCACCCAAACAGAUCAAAUCAAUCUUAUGACUCGGCUUAAAUAAAUUACAAGCCCUUCAGCUUUGUCAAAAAGUUCUGUUAAUAACGCUGGAAAGCUGUAAUGACACUUUACGAUUAUUGAACUAAAAUUCAUAUAGCCUGCAGUGUAGGCGUCUUCUUAGGGCGAGUUAAUGUCAAGAAGCUUGAAGCUAUUCAACCGGCCCUGUUUAUUGAAGAUAAAGGCAGCGAUGAGGGGAGGGGGCGGGGAAAGGCGCUCACCCCAUUGAUACAAAUUUGUUUCUCUCCCCUGCCUGCCGCUGCCAUUAAAAUCAGAGAUGGCGGCCACAAUUUUCGCUAACUAAUACUGAGCACUCGCUCGCCAAAAUUACGCCUGUUCUGUGGGCUAACAUUCAUAUAACAUUUACUUCGCUGUUAGCCAAAAGAGAAGACGACAUUUGCAACAAUUACGUGAAUUUUGAAGUACAUUUGUGAAGUGUUUGGGAAACAUCUCGAACCUUUGGCCAGUUUGGCGAGGUAAAAGCCUCACUUGUGCGUGAUCUGGCGUGUUAGGCAAAUUUUAAUGUCGUCAGAGUAGUUUGCAGUUUUCAAAGGAUUUUCCCUCCAAUUUGAGAUUCCUCUAUUUUGCCAAAACGUGGUGGCCACCGACUGUUUCUUGAAAUCUACAAAAGCACUCAAAGUCUUUUGAAAUUAAAAAAAGAGAGAAGAAAGUACAAUAGAAACAGAAGAUCUUUUUCAGCCGAUUCCGUGUGACUUGAGAUUAAGUAUAUUUAAAUGCUGAGCACUACUUGGUUCCCAGAUCUCUAUCCUUUGCCUCCUCCCCGUGAAGGUAGAAAGGAGGGAGCCUCGAAAUGAAUUUGAUACUCAGACUAUGGGCUGUCCUUUUUCCCAGUGUAAUCCUUCGCGCCAAUCUGAGCGGUUUGAAGAAGCCACUAUCCGUAAUCUUAUUGAUGCAUGGCGGUGCUGAGAACAUUUCAGAAUGUCACUGAAUUGACAUUUUUUCUCAUUUUUCAGAUAUGUUUACACAAUCGCGUGCUACUUGACCGGUGUUUUCAUGUUUGCGACCAUCGUAGGUAAUUCAGUUUUAUAUAUUAUUAAGUAAUCAAUACCUAUCUGGUGGAUUAAGGCAUCUUUAAAUGAUCUUCAGCUCUCAAACCAUCUUUCGUGCCUAAAAUCGUCUGGAGGUCACCGACCUUGUUUUGGAUUGGAGACAAUCCAUAUUUAUAUUACAGACCAUAGAGGGCAUGUUGUGUAAUUGUAGGUUCUCUGCAACAGCCAAAAUAAACGUGGAUGUAAGCGGACGCGGAAAGUUUCGAGGAAACCUUUUACUUACUGUGCAUAGCAUGGUAUUCAAACCUAGAAUGCCGAAUUAACAUUUAGUCAUAAUGUGCUUUAUCUCGAUCAGGUAAUGCAGGAAGCAUUAUUGUGAACAGAAAUGCGGUGAGAAUGGAUUUCGAAAAGCAAAGAGUAAGAUUUCUCCUUCCUUAGUUCGCCUUUGUAAAGUUUAAAUCUGAAAUCUUUUGCUUUCGUCCUGCAUCAGUCUCGUUUUACGAACGUUAAUUAUCUGGAUUUUUGCAGGAAAAUACCAAACAGUACAUGAAGAAACACAAUGUGCCUAAAAACUUGCAGAGGAGAGUGGUGAUGUGGUAUGACUACUCAUGGGCUAGGUAAGAUAAUAAGUCGCUAAUUAUGAUUGGUCCAGAAAACUCGCGUCACUUUUUCAACAAAUCAGAUUCAGACCGAAUUGGUCACACGCGUUUCCCGCGCUUCAGGCAGUUUGCUUGUUUUUAUUUCGAUUUUUCAUUGGCUCCUCCUUAUAUUUUCCUCGCUUUGAUUGGCUGUUGCGUUUACUUUGGUUUUACGACACUCAAUAGAAAAGCGCUCUUAUCAUAAACACUCUUUAUCACUAGCCACUGAUUAUAAAUUUAUUAUUAACGAUGUUUUAAUUUCAUUGAACACUCCACCAUCAUACUGAAUUUGGAAAACAUGCUUGACAGUUCAAGUCAUAUUCCAGUUUGGUUGAGCCGUCGAACAAGUUGAAAAUCAUCCUGUUCUGUUUUAGAGGUAGAAUGAGUACCGGUGGAGGAGACCUUAAUUCUCUGACGUUACUACCAAGUAAACUGAAGACUGAGAUUGCUCUUCACGUUAAUCUUGAAACGCUUCGAAAGGUACGAUAAGUUGGAGAUGAAUUAUUUUUGGGCUAAAGAUAACGAGAUUAACAUCAUGUGAAAACCUUAGAAAUAUGCCGUCCGCUGGCUCGUCAUCGUAACAUAGCGUUCUAUGAGACAAUCCUCACUGAUUUUAUUUGUAAACCGCUUUUUGGCAAUUUCAAAAAUCGAAGAGGCCUGAAACCGUGGCCCCCAAGAGAUUAUAAUCUCUCGGUGCUCCCCUUCCCCUCCCUCAAUACCAUAUUCCUUGCCAGGUCUGUUUUGUACUCUGAGAGUUAGACUUUAAGUCUGCGCAGUUUUCCUUUGAGGAUCUAUUCCGCGGUCACAUUAUCAUUGACAUUUGAGUUAUAAUAUGUGCUUAUCUCAUGCAUGAAUUUUAAGAGAAAAUUGUAUGCAGAUGUUUGUUGGUUUUUUGUUUCCUAAUUGUAUUUGUUAGGUGACGUUCUUGCAAAAGUGCCAGCCAGAAUUUCUCCAUCUCCUUGUCCUUCAAAUGAAGUUGCGAAUAUUCACCCCUGGAGACCUCGUUUGCAGGAAAGGCGAGGUCGCACGAGAGAUGUACGUCAUAAUCGAUGGAAAGAUCGAGGUGAUAGGGUAAGAGUCAUAGAGAACAAAGUUAAACCUAUUACAGGUAUGCAUUCCGAAAUCAGAGAAAGUGUCCUCUUUGAUAAAUGAGAGUUUUUGCUUAAGCAGGUUAAAUUAGUGGGGUGUUCAUUUGUGGUUGCGGUCAUGAGUUGAUGUAUGCCAACAGGAGAUGCCUCCCUAUGGAAGUUGUCACUGUCCUGGGGUGGAGACUUAACGGCAAAAGGUUUCAUUCUAAUGAUCUAGUAAUUUUAAUGCAUAUAUUAACAGGGAUCAAGGCCAAGUCCUUAAAGUCUUAUCUGGAGGGGACUUCUUUGGUGAGAUUGGAAUUCUCAGCUUGAGCGAAGGCCAAAAUAGGUUAGCAUUCCAUGUAAUAAACGUACGAUUGAUUGCAGUCUCUCUGUCCUAAAAGCCAGUGUCUACCGGUUUCAAUAAUAAAGGAGUCUUGAGUAUAGUUUACUUCUAUAUGUAAAUUAACUACAGUAGGACAUAACGAUAGUAGACUACGAUCUCAAUGGGGGACAACUGGGGUCUGGGCUGACAAAGCGGGGACGGGGGAGGACAUCAAGAAUAGAUAUAAAAGAGAAAGUUAACCUCAGAAUAUUUAGGGCUGUUAACUGUGCGGUCCACUGAAGACUUGUCUUGUUCCAUGCAAAACGAAAAAAAGAUAACACCAGAGUAGAGAAGUUCACUACUUAAUUGUUCUACAGCCAGCAGUACUAAGCGUAUAGCACCUAUUGACUUGGAAGUACGUACUCCACCGGUUUAUUCUUUCCUGACGCUGAACUAGUGAGAAUAUUUUGUAUUCGUAGAAGAACAGCCGAUGUUAGGACAGUAGGAUAUGUGGAAUGUUUUGUUCUUGCAAAGGAAGAUGUGCUGUCUGCCAUCCGGGAUUACCCUGAGGCGCAGGUUAGUGGCUUCGCAACAUUUGUAAAUUGAAGAAUAUCACUCGGAAAUUACCACCAGGUAUUCGCAGAUUUAGCUGGGGCAUAUUGGGUCACGAAAGGCGGUUAAACCAAUCGCGUGCGAGCGAGAAGAUUUAUUGCAUGAUCAUACUAUUCAGCCGCAUGCUAUCACAUUUUAGCUUGCUUUUUCACAAAACAGUGGAACGGGUUAAUAAGUCUGUAAGUAGCUGGCUUUCUUUCCUGAGAUGUUCCCUGUACCAAGGAUCUUUUGUUUUAAACUCAUCUUUUUAGGCCGUGCUUGCUGACUAUGGAAAAAAACGUUUGGAACGUCAAAACAGCUCACACGAUCCGCGCUUCGUGGACAUGGACGACAGUAAAGGCAGAGACCUGGACGCUUAUGAUCCCAUAAACCAUCAAAAAGCUGAAGAGUUUCAAAGCAAACUGACAACAAAAUCCGUUCCCAACGGACUUUGUAGACGAACAAGUGCAAGCUUUUCACCGCUCGAGCGAGCCCCUCAACCAUCACCUCGAGCGGUCCUGGAGCCGAUUCCUUUGGCUAAAUUAAGCAGAUCUAGGCGACUCUCGAGCGAAGUGGAAAUACAGUCUGCGGAAUCAUGUAACAGAAACGUUUCAGAAGCGCCAUGCAGUAGCGACGAGCUUGUGAAAACGCUGUUUCAUGAUUCGUACAUGGAAGCUUUGAACUUUCUCAAGAAAAAUUUUGACGAGAACCUAGUAAGUUGGAUACUGAAAAAACAUUCUUAAUAAUCCUUAGUAACCCGCCUUAGUCAUGAGUGCUACCGUGCAGCUUGUACUCCAGGAUAGGAUGUUGACUUGCCAUGUAUUAAAGUCAAAUGAGGGAUGAAUAAAUCUCUCCGUUUCCAAAUUUCACUGGCUAAAUCCAAUAAAUAUUAAUCCUGGAUUAACUGCUUACAAUUACGUCACAAUAUCAAGCCUUCUUAGUAAAUAUAUUCACUUAAAAAGUAAAAAGUGUCACCGUCGGAAAAUGUAAGGAGCUUGUUCAAGGCAGCUUAAGAUAGUUUCGUUAAUUUUUUCAUCAUUAGUUCUUUUGCAUAUAGAUACAACGAAACUUUUUUUCGUGUUUUGCCCUACAAUUGGUAUCAAAUAUGCUCAAUUAUUUUCACAAUAUGUUGUGAUCAAUUUGUGACAUGUUAGGUUACCAUAGUAACACAACAGCUUCUCAGAGACAACUUUAAGUGAGCUUUAUUUUCUUGUAAUUCAAAAAUGAAAGAAAACCUGUACACAAGAUUUAGAGCUAAAAGAGAAUAUCUUAAGAAAGCACACGAAAAAAUAACGAAACCUUUAUAAGUUGGUCAAAAUCUAAGGGAAAUAUUUAGCUCCGUCAGACAAACUCGCAAAAGACUGGAGAGAAAUUAUAACAUUUGCAAUAAUUCAUCUUUUCGUUUCAGGCAAAAGAAAUGACGGAUGUUCGCAAAUCCCUAAAAAGUAGCGACGAAUCUAAUAGACGAAAAGACGUUGACAUCUCUCACCUCAACACCCGUCUAUCAAACAUGGUAAGUCGGUCAUGUUACUUGAACCUAAUCAAUUGGUAGACUUUUACUUUUAAGUAUAUAACGAAUGUUACAUGAUACUUUAUGAGAUUGUUGGAAAUUUUGUUUUAUUCAUAUGUAGGAGAAAGAACUUGAAAAGUGGAAAAUUCGAGUGAAAGAGCUUGAGUCAGAAAACUUUAUCAAAGAUCAGACUAUCAAACAACUUCGGGAAGAGUCUGAGGUAAGGAUAAUGAAAGCAGGUUCAAGGGAACGUCGUCUACCUCUUCGCCUGAAAUUUCUCUCUCUCCAACUUUCUUCCAUUAUAAAAAUCAUAGACCAGGACGCUCACAUUGCAGGCUAGACACGUGGGGUUUUAAUUUCCAUUUUACAUCGAAACUUCAAAACCGAUCAGUCUUCCCCAAUGUUAGGUCAGUUCUCCAAAGGCCAUUUUGUUUGUUUUCGUGGAUGAGAGAUAAGCCGGUCAUCUGACUUAGAGGGCAUUACAAUGUGUGCUCUUUGUUUGAACGAUGUCUGUUUGGACUCAGCGCACUGUGGUUGGACCACGUAAUAAAAUGAUGUUUCUUACCUUCCAUCAUUCUAGCUUCCAGGACGCCCCGUAAAUGUACUGAGAAGAGACAAACAUGUUAUGGAUCUGUAAGUUAUCAUAGUGUUCUGUUCCAGUGUCACUGCGCACUUGCACAGAAAGGCACUGAGAAAGCCAGCUAUGGUAACGCACAACUUGAACACAUGCAUGUCAUUGGAUUACAGUAUCACUGUUUAUCGUGGUAUUUGCAUUGGUCGCAAUUAGAACAAUUAAGACCUCAAACACCUUGAUUCAAAUAAAGUAGGCUGCUUUUCAGUUACAUCUUUCAAAAGUAGCUGUAUAUUGUCUUUCCGCAACAGAAGCACAAUUAAAUGUGGAAUUAAAAAUGUUAGACUAGAAAAGAGAGUUUUACACGAAAAAUUUGCGCUAUGUGAGCUUGGUAGUGGAAUCUUUGAUGGAAAGAACUCCAUUUUUUGUGUUCGAAGCUGAUUAUUACACUACUGUGUGUCAAUCUUUUAGGAUAGGGAGCUCAUGUCAUCAAGAUCAAGAACUAUGAGCAGCACAGUGAGCUCGUCGUCUCUAGUGGACACGGAAAGAUCAACAACUACCUAUUGUUGACAGAAAUUGUGCGGCUACUAAGAGAACACCAGAAUUCAUCUGGGGAUUUGCGAUGGCAGACAAAAUGUUAUGAAUUUACAGCUGUACUUUUGACAUGGCAGCUAGGCGUUAAGCGUUAAUCCAUUACACAGCUGGCUAUCCACAUCGAGAUUGCUCACCAUAACCUGCCUUGCAGUUACAAAAAGAUGUAUGGCCGCCAUUGUUCCAAGAGCAGUGCAUGACAAUGAUCUGACGUAACUAGUAACAUUAUGAUAUGGUUAUCAUUUUAACAACUAUUAACAGCCAUUUUGUAAUCGCACUAUAAUCAUUUUGAAAGAAUAUUUGGAUCAAAUAUACCUCUUAUAUCUUUUUUACCAUCAUCUCAGAGCUCUACAAAGCGAUACUAUAACAGAAUCAUUAAGUCUGACGCAUUCAUUCAUUGCAAACGUGCGAAUUGACAACUUCAGUAAUGUGCAUUUUGCCAAAAAAAAAUAACAUCACUAAUUCAUCUAGGAGAAUUGACUUGAUGAUUUUGUAACUUUGGUAAAUCCUCCAGAAACCAUGUGACCACUUCAAUCUAAAUCAAUGAAAAGGUAACUUAAAAUCAUAGCUCCGUUUUAAGAUUUUGCUUAGGGUUAAGUUUAACGUUAACCUAAGCUAUCGAAAACUUUCUUCAGAUGUACUGAAAUUCGAUUACGGAUGAAUCUUGCAUAGCAACCCACGGUCAGCCUCUAAGCAUAACAAAGCCAAGAUUUCUCCUCCUUUUCUCAUAUCUUGGUAGCUAAUGCAAGGCAUUCUUAUAUUUGAACGUUAGGUUAGUGUUUGUAAUCUCAGAACGUGGUAAGGAUUAACUUAUUGUUAUGCUUUCUCAUGACGGGGAUAAAAAGAGCAUGGUUUUCUAGAGCCUUCAUUUCCUAUAUCAAAUAUAAGAAAUUAUUUCAUGAUUCCUCGAUGGAGAAAAAAUGAAGAAUAACAGACACCAACGAUAAAAGAAUCCGAACACCAGAAACUGGUGCACAAAGAAGUAGAUAAUAUUUAUACGGAAAGACAUUGUUUUUAUACCGCUAGAGUUACUAUUAUCAAAACCUAUUAUGCAGAUUUUAUGUUGACGGAAAAUGUCACUUUGCUCAGCAUAGCUUGAACCAUCAUUGUCCAGCAUGCCUUAUGAUGCCAAAUGAGAUAUUUAGUAUUAUAUAAGGCUAACAAUGAGGAUGCCUAUAUCUUAUUGGAGUAAUUUUACCAAUAAAAUUGACUGCCAAUGGCAUCUGCUCUUCUUCAGUGAUAGAAAUUAUCUGACCGAAACGCCGAACUUGGCGCCGU